CCGUUUUCACAAAUUCUUCCAAUUUUCUUUUUCUUUCAUAAAACAAAACGAAAGGGAAUUAAAGAGAAACAGUUGCACGAAAAAAGAGAGGAGUAAAUGGCUCUACUCCUUCCUUCCUAUCCACCAAUCCACUCCUUUCCCGCCUCUCCUAAACUUGGCUUCCGUUUAAAACCUCCACCGCAACGCCCCAUCCUACGCGCCGCCGCGGGCCUAGAUGUUGAUUCUUUCACGAAGAAGUCUGGUUACCUUUUCCGCCUCAGUGCUUUGGAGGCUCAGUCCUUGAUCGAUUACAGCCCCUCGCGUAUCGCCGCUAUUUAUAGGAGAAAACCCUUGAUUUUGUUGGCUCGGCUUAUUCAAAUUGCUACUACUUUUGGAAAAUGGUUCGGCGAUCGAUACAUUGAUAAUCUCAUGGAACGAUCCGAUCAAAUGUUCAAGGUUAGAGCUGCCGAGCUUCGGAAAAUUCUGGUGGAACUUGGGCCGGCAUACAUUAAAAUUGCUCAAGCUGUUUCAUCUCGACCUGAUUUGAUACCGCCAUCAUAUUUAGAUGAACUCUCUUUGUUGCAAGACCGAAUAAGUCCUUUUUCUACUGAAGUUGCCCUUGAUACUAUAGAAAAAGAACUUGGUCUCCGAAUAGAUGAACUCUUCUCCGAGAUUUCACCAGAGCCAAUUGCUGCAGCUUCCCUUGGACAGGUAUAUCAAGCUAGGCUUCGUCGUAGUGGACAGGUUGUUGCUGUCAAAGUUCAGAGGCCUGGUGUUCAAGCUGCAAUUUCCUUAGACAUAUUAAUUCUGCGCUUUCUAGCUGGGGUGGUUAAGAAAGCUGGUAAAUUUAAUACUGAUCUUCAGGCAGUCGUUGAUGAAUGGGCAUCAAGUCUUUUUCGGGAGAUGGACUAUACGAAAGAGGCCAAUAAUGGACUCAAGUUUAGACGUCUGUAUGGUGGUAUAAAAGAUGUUUUUGUUCCAAACAUAUACAUGGAGCACACAACUCGUAGAGUCCUUGUUAUGGAAUGGGUGGAGGGGCAAAAGUUGUCUGAAGUGAAGGAUCUAUAUCUAGUUGAGGUAGGGGUUUACUGCUCAUUCAAUCAACUCUUAGAGAAUGGGUUCUAUCAUGCUGAUCCUCACCCAGGAAACCUUUUCCGUACAUAUGAUAGGAAAUUGGCGUAUAUAGAUUUUGGUAUGAUGGGUGAAUUUAAACAAGAAUUCAGAGACGGAUUUAUUGAAGCUUGUCUCCAUCUUGUAAACCGUGAUUUUGUUGCACUUUCCAAAGAUUUUGUCACUCUCGGGCUUCUUCCACCAACUGCGGAAAAGGAGGCCGUUUCAAAAGCUUUAACAGGUGUCUUCCAAGAUGCGGUUGCCAAAGGAGUCCGGAAUAUAAGCUUCGGAGACCUUUUAGGAAAUUUGGGAACUACCAUGUACAAGUUCAAAUUUCGAAUACCUUCAUAUUUUUCGCUGGUUAUUCGUAGUCUUGCUGUAUUGGAGGGAAUUGCAAUAAGUUCUGAUCCAAAUUACAAAGUUUUGGGUAGUACAUAUCCAUGGAUUGCAAAGAAAGUAUUGACUGAUAGCUCACCCCAACUGAAGUCGUCUUUGCGAGCACUUCUUUAUGAGGAUGGUGCUUUCAGAAUUGAUCGUCUGGAAUCCUUAUUGACAGAGUCCCUCCGUGCUCGAACUGAGAAGGCCUUGGUUAAGACACAAAGAGAAGAAGCCGAUUCCAGGGUGGUUUUUAAGGAAGUCCUUUCUUUCACAUUAAAUGAAAAGGGCAGCUUUGUGAGGGAAAUACUAAUUGAAGAGUUCGCUAAGGGUUUGGAUGCACUUGGAUUAGCAACACUUGAUUCGUUCACUUCUGUGGCCACAACAAUAAUACCCCUUUCUGGUUCCACCUCAUUCUCUUUGAUGUCCAAGGAGGACAUGAUCAACUUGAGAACGUUACGCCGCCUCAUGUUUUUGUUGUCAGGUUCUGAAAGCAAUAAAAAAUCCUUUGAGGAUAUUAAUGGAGUUAGUAGCCACAACAAUAAGGAAAGUGCAUACCUGGAGGAAUCAUCAGUGCUUUCCUAUCAGCCCGCAUUAGUUUCAGAAAUUCUGGCCAUGCUUUCUAUCAUUCCCGAGUCUGCACCUAUUUACCCGUUACUCUGUGGCAGCUGCCGCCCGAAUUGCAACAGCAGCUGCUUCGCUUACCAGCUGAUCUGGCCAGAAGGCUGGUUUCCCGCGCUUCUGCAAGGACUAUCCAGAGGAUCUUCCUAUGAUUGUCAUGAUUGUCUCAACUGGAUGUAAACUUCCACCAACCGUGUAAGGGAGGGUUUAGAUCGAUGCAAGGCUUACUUACAAAUUAAGAAUUCAUCCAAGAGCUUUCAGUCAGAGUAACAUACAUCUUUUAAUAAUAGUUUCUUCCCCAAUGUUGCAUCAUUUUCCCAAGUGUCCUCGAGUAUGAAAGUAGAAAAUUAUAGUCCGAGCUGCAUGUGCAAAGCAUGACAGUAGAAUGUUCAUGUAAGAUCUUAAAUCAAUGUCAAUGUAUAUCUGUAAAGUGAGCUUCUUUUUUCUUUUUCUUUUUUUUUUUUGGAGGGGGGUAAUAAUUACCAGCAUUCAGACAACAGAUAGUCCUACUUAUGGUUGUUUUGGAAGUCCUGGAAAUUUUGUCUUCUUUGGUACAUACUUUUUUGUUUGCAAGUUAUUUCAUAAGAUCUUUAAUUGUAGAAAUUCGUUCCCAUAGUCUGGGUCAAUUAGUGGGGAAAUUGUGUACUCAUCUAUGUGACAUAAAAAUAACUUUUUGAAAAAUAAGAGGGUAAACUAUAUCAUAUACCAUUG